UAGUGUAAGCCACGUCUGAAAGCUAGUUUGGUUUUUCCCCCGUGCUGCACUGAGGAAGCCUCCUUCAUCACCAGUGACAUCGUCACAAGGCAACACACCCAUUGCAGGUACACCUGAGUCUCAGCUGUUAGUAUAGAGACGCUCCACAGCACCUGAAGGACUCCACAUACAAACAAGUGAUUUUCAACACAAAGCCCUGUGAUCCCAUGAGACUGGCUAUAUCAUGAAAACACAUUACCUAUUCCUACUGAUCUACCUCUUUGGAACCACCUUUGGAGCAUCAAGCAGAAAAGGGAAUGCAACAUGUGGGACAGAAACCUGUACUCCGGAGCCAGAUGCGACCUCUGGCUUCCUGCAGUGUGUCGGCUUGCCCUCUGGAGACACAGAAAAAGGCCACAUGCACAGACUGAAGGCAAUGCUGGAGGCCAUGAUGGAUGUCUACACCUUCAUGAAAUCCAGCAUGACUGGUGUGCCGAUCCUGAGCCUGGAAGGAGCUUUGGAUUUUAACCCUGCAGCAGAUCCUUUUCAGAAUGAAGCCCUGGUUCAGAUGUGGCUUGAAGUCAAAAUAAAACCUCUGUUGGGUUCAAUCACCAAACACUUCCUGUCAUGCCUCAGCACCAAGAAUUUCAGUUGCUCCACUUAUCAGACUGUGGUGAGAGAGAUCAGUCAACAUUAUUCAGAGAUGAACACAGUCAGACAAAAGUGGAUCUAUACGUUCUUCAUGUACCCCUUCCUCUCUGGAGACAGAGUUGCAGGUUGUGUAAACCCAGAUGAAAGCAGUGAAGAAUGGCUGAUGAAGAAUUUUGGCGCCUUCAGAUGGAUGGCUCGAAUGGAGGACUUCUCCAGCCUCAGCAUGGUCUUCAGUGGUCUGGAGGUCCUCCACCUGCUGUCUCCUGCUCAAAAGGCAGAGCUGCUCUUAAGGCCUGAGGUUGCUGGUUUAGACAAUGGCACCCUAACGCUGGUUUUUGACAGCUUGUGGAAUGGGGAUUCUGGCCCUCAAACGACUCCCAGACCUGGAAACACAUCAGUAGUGCCAUCUGGCCCUUCAUCUCAACAAAGCACCCUCAAAGAGAUUGCAGAUGGAUUCAUGAUGGUUUUUAGACCAAUUGGGAGUUUUGCUCAUGAAUUUGUGUCCUUUACACGUCAGAGAAAUGUUUCAGAGAUAAAGAGCACCACACUGACUCAGUUCCUGCUCAACUUCACUCUGGCUGAGCUGGCCGGCAUGUACAGCACCAACAACACGUACAUGGUCCCAGAGACCCCACAGUUUGAUGUGACCAAUGUGGAAGACUGGUUCCAGCAGGUGGUGCUGCCGCUGCUACGCAGGUUCCUACCAGAAGAGGGAGCCAUCAUCCCGCAGAACAUCACAAUGGCUUUUCACCAGCUGUACUACUUGAAUCAGACUGAUGUUGAGGGAAACGAAUAUGAUGAAAUCAAUGAUGUGUGCAGCGUCACCCUGGACAAGGCACCAUGUGGGCUGACUGAUGCAGUGGUGAACAUAGCCCAUGUUUUGCACUGUGCUGCUCGAAGUGAGCUGACGAUGACAGAGACAACGAUCAUGAGACUGAUAACUGAACUGGUUAAGCGUCUGAACUCCCUGGUCAAAGAGCUUUCCACAACAAACAUUGCAGAGUUGGUGUCAGACUUUAGGGAGAUAUUCAACGACACCGACCCCCACUCUCUGACACAGCAUCAUCUGGACGAUCCAGAGUUCAUCGAACUCUGGUUCCAGGUCAAACUGCUGCCUCUUCUCCCAGACGUAGACCCAGACAUCCUCUCCUGUCUGAGCACCAAGAACUUCUCCUGCCCCGUUUACCAAACACUGGUUGUAAAACUGAGUGAUUCCAUGAUGCAUAUGGAUGCUCCUGACAUGUAUAGUCACAACAUCUACAAGUAUUUCAUCUAUUCUUUCCUGCUGAAUCACAACCACUCCGAGCCACGGUGCCAAUCCCCAGCCAAUCAGAGCGCAGAAUGGGUGGAGAUAAAUUUUGGGUUCUUCUCAAGAUUUGCCUCUGUCAUGGACUUCUAUGAGCUCAACCCACAUUUCUCUGGACUGGAAGCUCUACAUGUCCUGUCUACGAAGCAGCUGGCAGAGAUGCUGCUGAUGCCUCUACCAACGCCACCAGAGAAAGAUGUUGUCAUCCAUCGUGUGUUUGACUUCCUGUUUGAGUCUCCAGAAGACAGAAAACUGACAGAGGUUCUGCACUUUAUGGUGGAGCUAGCCCAAGAGGUCAAUUCUUCCUGCAAUGUCUAUAAACUAAUUUUUGAUCGACUGGACGAAGCCAUAACAAUGCUGUCUCCAGACUUGGAAUCGGCUAUUUGGGCUAGCAUAGAACAACUGAUGAGCGUUGCACCAGAGGAAUGUGUGCCAACAGACAUCUCUUGCCCAGACACUAAGAUCAACAGUACUCACAUCUGCAAAGGCAUCAACAGCUCUCCUCUUCAGACCUACUUCAACAGCUCCCAGCAUGUUUCCUGUAACUUCACCCUGGAGGAAUAUGCUUGUGCACAGCUGGAGGACUUCACGGCUGAACAUCUGGCCUCCCUUAUGAGGUGUAAUCUUCCUGGUAAAAGCAGUAAUUCCAGGGUUCUAUGGAAGCUGCUCCUCACCAAACAUUCAAGUGUUUUGAACCGAGCACUGGACCUUCUGGCUAACAUGUCAAUGGGAAUGAUCCCAUCGGCAGAGGCGAUUUUGGAUGUGGUUGUGGAAAUCAGGUUGUCAUCGCUGACCGAUCAGGACCUGAUGAACAGCAGUGUGAUCAGGCUGUGGUUCAUGGAACGUCUGGGCAGUUUCUUGCCAUCUGCUUCAGGACGUUUCCUGCUCUGUCUGACCAGCAGGAACUUAAGCUGUGUGUCAUACCACCAACUACUACAGGUUUUUGCUAACAACUUCAAGAAGAUGCCCCUGGAGCAACAGCAGGUGAUCUUAAAGGAUUUCGUCCUUCGUUUCCUUCAAAAAUCCUACUCCGGCAAUCACUCAGAUCCAGGAUGUUUGUCCUCCUUCAACAACAGCGCACAGUGGCUAAAGGACAACUUUGGGCCGUUUUCAGAAUUGGUGUCUCUCAGAGAGCUGCUUCUUCUCAACCAGUUGUUCAAACCUCUGGAGGCUUUACAGGUCCUCUCACCCAAGCAAAGAGCUGAACUGCUGGGAAUCACUCCUCCUGAAAACACAGACGAAGUCAUCAACAUCCUCUUUGAUUACAUGACCCAAGCACCAGAGGAAAGAGGAUUUACAGAGUUCCUGUCAUUCCUAUCCCAGUUCACUGAAACGGCAAACCUUUCCUGUUCAUCCUACAUAAAACUCUUCACCAGACUGGAUGUUGCCUUGGUAACAGCUUCUCCUAACAUAGCUUCCUCCAUCACAUACACCAAGAUGGCUUUAUCCAAGCAACUUCCACAUGACUGCAUCAUCUACAGUGGAGAGUGCAAUGUAACAAUGACAAAUGAGACAGAAAUCUGUAUGGGAGUCAACAGCACAAAGCUUCAGAACUACUUAGACAGCAAGACGAUGGCGGGACAGCACUGCACCUUCUCUGUUGAGGAAUUUGCCUGUGCCUCACUGUCAGAUCUAAAAGCUGAGGACCUGGUCGCCAUGCUGAGUUGUAACAGGACCUCCAGCUCUAAUGGCUCUAAACUCGUCUGGAAGCUGUUCCUUUCUAAAGCCUCUAGGGUCCUGGAUGAGGCUCUGGAUAUGAUGGCCGACAAUAUGCUCGACCCCAACAGUCCUUCUACCUCGAUGAUCCUGGACUCCAUACAAGAGCUCCGUUUGGAUGUUGUCAACCUGUAUGCCCUUAACAAUCCCGACUUCAUCCAGACGUGGUUUGGCCGCCGCCUUCGUCCGUUCUUGCCAGCAGUUUCCAACAGCUUCCUUUCAUGCCUUUCCUCAAAAGCACUGAACUGCAGCACCUACCAGCACAUUGUAAAAAUAUUGAGUGAGAUCCAGCCACACAUGACCCAUGAAAGGCAGAUGUCUGUCUUCACUCACUUCAUAAGGGUUUUCCUGACAAGGAACAACUCUGCAGAUCCCACCUGCAGCUCCGGCACAAGCAACAGUGGAGACUGGCUGAAGAAGAACCUCGGAGGGUUUUCUGACCUCGUCUCUAUCCAGGAGCUUCAGGAGCUCUACCCCAACUUCUCACCCACGGAUGCCCUGGCAUACAUGUCUGUCGAUCAGCUGGUGGCAUUAUCCACAACACCUGGCCUGCUCACAUCUCCUGACCAGGUUACCAUGGUGAUGAGCUAUGUCCCUGACCACAAGCUCACCUCCUUCUUUGAUGGGUUCUCAACUUCCAUUGCGGGUAAUGAACACUUGAUGCCCUCUACUGUGAGGUCUGCCAUGCUGCAAGUCGUCUUCGACCGUGCAAACCUGUCCCGUCAGUCAGUGGGUGAUUCAGAGGUAUCCCAGUGGUUCCAGUAUCGACUGCCUCCUCUGGUCAUCAACCUGACCUCCUCCCAGGUCAACCCAUAUUUCCAGAUAAUGCAGGGAAGGAACUGUAGCAUCGAGCGUCAGGGGGUAAAGCUUCUUAAUUCAACGAUCCACACACUGAGCAGUGAUUCACAGAAGGAAAUCUACAACAAUAUCAUUCUGACUCUGAAAGCCUCUCCAGCUCUCCGUUGUUAUGGCAGCAACUACAACAACAGCUUCUACAGCUUCGUGGAGGACUCGUUCAUGGGGUUCCAGUUCCCCAACCUGACCAUCUUCCUGUCUCUCAUGCCUCCCGACAGAAAGCACCUGCUAUUGAACUCCAUGCCUCCUUCACAUCUGGGGAAUUUGUUGCGUCGACAAGAUGUUAUUGAAAACGAAGCGCAGCUCUGUGAUCUCUACAGCAGCUACGACAACACACCAGUGUUUUUGGAGACUGAGUCUCUGCCGGCUGAGGUCAGGCGUCCCACUCUGCCUUGUGUUUGGCCAAUGGCCCUCAGCAGCUCCAGUAGGUCAGAGGCUGACGCUUGGUUCGACAGACGUCUAGAAAACUACUUGGUAUUCCUCUCAAAGAGUCUGAUCAGUCCUGAUGUUACAUACAAUACAUCCUGUCUGGCCUUCCAGAAGUUCGUCUUGGUUCUUGAUAAAUUCAACUACACUGCAGCAGAUUUUCAGCGGCAAGACAUGUUCGACACCAUCAGGGCUUAUCUCCAAUCAGCAACAACGCCAAGAUGUUAUGAUUCCAACGACCCACAGCUGAACUCAACCGCUUGGUUUGCUGAGUACAUCGGCCCUUUCAUGCCAUUCCUCACCUUGGAGAUUCUUCAGACCUUUGGAGCGAAUGAGGCUCUGCAGGUGUUCACAGUAAACCCAGCCAACAUCGCGCUCCUCAACCAUUCAGUCUUACCACAGAACCUCACUGACUUUUACACUCAGCUGGUCUACCAGCAGGACAGUAACUUCAACCCACUUCUUCUUCCUCUAUUGUGCCGGUGUGUCGCUCCUGGUAUGGCCUUCAUCCAGCUGACUGCAGAAGAAAGUUUGAUAGUGUUGGAGAACCUCACCAUCGUGUGUCUAGAUCUGGAUCCACAGAUUUCUGCUGCUCUUUCUAGUAACUUUGGUAACAACGUCGAUUCCAACACCAUUGCCGCCCUGGGCAAUCAAAGCACCAGCAUGUCUAUAGGCCAAAUCAAGAACAUAAAUCCUCAGGAACUUAUCAAUUCCCUCAGUAUUCUAAGCAGUGUGAUAGGCUGGAGCGACGGACAGGCUAAGACAAUCGUUGCGUCGCUGUUGUUGAUGAUGAAGAUCAAUAACUCUUCAGCUCUGUUUAUGCUGGGUUCUCUUGUUACUGGGGUACCGGCCAGGGUUUUCAGCCAAAUGAACGCUUCCGAUAUUUUGGUUGCAUCCAAAAACCCCUCGCUCAUAGGACACAUGAUGUCGGCUCCAAAGGUCAUCCAGCAAGUUUUUGUCACUAAGAUUGUUUCUGCUAACAACAACAACGAGAUGAUAAUCGAGAACGUUCCAGAUGAAAUGGCCACGGAGAUCCCUCGGGUUCUGCUGCAGGGCUUUACAGUCAAAGAAACCGUCAUCACCAGACUCAACAGGAAGAAAUGGAAGCGGGAGCAGGCUGAGCUGUUUUUUGCAGUAAUCGCUCAGGAAAAUUCUACAGCUAUGCUGGGAAGUGCAAAUAAUUUGUCCUCCUCUGUCCUGCAAGGAUUCACAUGCACAAGUGUAAGAACAUUCAAAAAGGUGCAGAUCAAAAAUCUGGUCAAAGCCUGUCGGCGGAGAGGAAGAAAUAAAGUCACACUGGUGGAGUCUCAGUUGACCUGCAUGUACAACCACAUCAGUGCAGAAUCCGACAUCACCAGCUUUGACCUUUUCCCUCCUGAUGUGCUGCUGUACUAUGACUACUCUCUGGUGCCACAGGUAAGCUGCAGGGCAUACUUUGAACAGCUGGGUGAUGCUGACUUCUCAGUUUUCUCCUCGGACCUCACCUACAAACGGAUCGCCCUCUUUGACAAUGCUAGGAGCUGCCUGGUAAGGACCAAAAAAAGUCUAUAUUAUAUUGUUUAAAUAAAGAUUGCCUUUGGCAUGCCAAGUACCUAAAGUUAUGUAUGUAGUUGUGGUGGGGAAUGGCAGGUUCUUCCUGGUUCGAAUGCCUAUGGUGAAGUGGUUAAAGUCUGGCUGUGAUACAGGGGACCUGGGUUCAAAUCCACAAUAAAACUCUCAGGUUGAGUGGAGGAUAGAAGAGGACCCAAAUGCAGGGACUGAAGCUGAAAUGGUUUCUUGCAGAUUUAUUAUUCCAUAGGUAGCAACUGAAGGCAAAAAUCCCAAAAAACAAAAUACAGAAAUUCUGAAGACGUCACGGAAAACACAGGAGGAAAAAGAAAUGACAAGGAACCAGCAAACAGUGACUGAAGAGGUGUAUUUAUGGGUGACAGAAAGAAAGACCAGGCUAAACAGCAGACUGGGAG